GGAGGGAAUUGUAUCUAACACGUGAGAGAUAUACCGUGACCUACUUCGAGCCCCGGGCUUAGGCCCGAGGCUCUCUGUUGGUCCGCCUAUGAUUCUCUGGCCUCCUCUGGCUCCGGGCGCUGGAAAUGGACCAAGUAGGCGUGGCCUAUGUGAAGUGGGCGUGGCCAAUGUGACGUCUUAGCUGCGGCUUCCGCGUCUGUCUUAAAGAUGCUGCCUUCUAUAGCUGGGUUAGAUAUAUUACAGCUUGUAUGUUUGAUCCUGCUCCCUUGUGGCUGUGUGGGGGUAAUACAGCUUGUGUGUUCGAUCCUGCUUCCUAGCGGCUAUGUGGGGGCAGCUUAUGUGCUUAAAAUACGUAACAGACUCACCAGCAGCAGGACUAACUACAGCAGGACUCGCUACAGCAGGAGUCAAACAGGACUCACUACAGCAGGACUUAUGAGAUCCAACCAGCAGCAGGACUCACUACAGAAGGACUCCCUAUAGCCGACCAGCAGCAGUGCUUGAAAAUGCUUCACCAAAGAAUAUUACUGACUUUUAGAAUUAAAAAAAAAACUAUGAAUAUGUUAUAAAUGUAUUUGUUUUACAGAGUAGGUUUUAAAUGCUUAUUUUAAAAUGCAAGACACCCUUUGGUGAAAGCUUUUUCCAACUUCUUCUCUGUCCAUACAGAGAGUCACUGUGCAUACUAAAUACAACACAGGCCUUUUCGUCUUUGUGAAUGAUACUUUCUAACGCAUCUCAGAUUCUACUGUGAAUAAUACACAUUAAUUUGGUGACUAAUAAUUCUUAAUCUUUAUAGGUGCAUUCACAGGACUGCAACUUCACAUUUGCUUCAUAUGUGGUUGAGAAAUGAAAGUACCACAAUGCUGUAUUUAGAAGUUCCUGCUUUCCACAAGCCAUGUUCUCUUGUGUUUUUCAGUUCAAGUGACAGACAGUAUUAGGUCUGAUCAAAGUAACUCUUUAGUUAGUGCAGUUUAGUCUCCUCACUCAAGGAGAAUAUUAAACACAAUUACUAAUAACUGACAACAAGGUUGAUAGCCGUGCAUGGAUCAUAAAAAGAGUGGUCACAUAGGGACAAUCGCUAAAGGUGGAAGAAUCAUAACUUUGGAAUUUAAGUAAACCUCCAUUUAACAACGCAUUAGUGCAACACUGUUCUUCUUUUAGAACAAACUGCCCGUUGGCUGUGAAAAAGCACCUACUGCUCGCGGAGAUGAGGUUCACAAGAUGCAUCACGAUAAUACAGUUUGAAAUGCUACUGAAUGUCAUCUUUGUUUCAGGUGCUGAACGAGACUGUCCUGCAGGCCUUAAUGCAUCUAUGCCAACCCAGAUGGAGGCAUUGAGUGACACUUGUUUGCAAAUUCCAUGUUCAUUAGAUUCAGUACCAUUAAAUCUACUCGAUAAAAAAAAUAUAUAUAUUGGUUUAUGGCUAAAAUCGACUCACCAUUUUGGGCCUCAUCCAGAAAGUGUGGUUUUCAACGGCAGCAAAACCAAUAAUACAUAUCCAAUUAGUAUCAUUGGGAAUAUGAGUGAAUACAACUGCACAACCGUUUUUACAAACAUGAACUCAAGUUAUGCUGAUGUGUAUUACUUCAGAGUGGAAAGCAGCAGGUACAAGUCAACCGACACCUGCAGUCCUCUUACAAUCACAGUUAAAGAUUCAGCCCCAGCACCCUCCAUACAGACCCUCCAGGAGGGACCACUAACGGAGGGGAGCAGGGUAACGUUCACCUGCAGGGCCAUCGCACCCUGUCCCACCCAGCCGCCUCACCUGAGCUGGAGCCAGUCAGGAGGCCCUGAGGGCCGGCUGGAGCCGCACGGAGACCAAGAGCCUAACGUCAGGACCCGGCGGCUGAAUAUCACUCUGUCGGACCGACAUGACGGGGUCCGCCUCACCUGUCUGGUGGAGUAUCCCGUAAACGACCCAGCAGGCAGGCCCAGCAUCAGAACAGCAGAGAGCGUCGUGACGCUCAACAUUUUCUAUUCCCCGAAGGAUACCCAGGCCUCCGUCAGCCCCCCCACAGUGUCGCUGGGCAGUGUGGUCAACCUGACGUGCACCAGCAGAGCCAACCCCCCCGUUCUCCGGUUCACCUGGUUCAGGAGCAGUGCGGAGGGACCCCUGAACGUGUCAGAUGGAUCUUUGUACAGCUUCAAUGUGUCCAGCUGCAGAGGAAUCUACUACUGCGUGGCCACAAAUCCCCUGGGAAACCAAACAUCAGAAGAGAUUAAGCUAACUUUCAGCGGUGAAAGCGUUGGAUUGAAUGUCCCUCUGAUAGUGAGAUUCUUAAUCGGUAUUGUCUUCCUUACUGGUCUGAUCAUCUCUGUCCUGUGGUUCCUGAAGAAACCUUCAACACAGCAACCGGUAUAGGAAGCAGGCACUGCGUUAUGGGUGGCCCUGACGGACCUAGGACCACCCACUGUUCAACAGGCCCACCCAAAACCUUUCUUGAAAAAAAAGAAAUUCUUCUGAAAUGCUUUAUUUUUUCAAUUGAUAUUGAUGCGUGAUCCGAUUUGCGUUAAAAGCGGUAGGCUAUUGUUUUAGGUCUUAUAGCCUAGGCUACAAUUGAAUGCAUCUUCUUUGUAUUAAAAGCCAAGCUCAGUCUGUUGCUAAUGAUAUCGAAAUAUUGUGGAAAACUUAAAUCAAUUGAACAGAAUUCUAAAACAGUCUGCCUCAUAUUAUACGAUCAUAACUAAACUAUAUCAUAUAGUUUA